GUUAGUUUCCAUGUAUUGUCAAUAAUAAUAUACGUGUGGAGCGUUAUGUAGAUAUUGAUAACCCUUACGAAAUAAAAGUUUCAGAACUAAUAAUUAGAUUUUAUUUGUAAUGCUUGUAAAUUUAGUUAGUUAGCUUUGUAUGGGUGUUUUCCAAUAGUGUAAAAUGUUAAAUAGGUUUUCCACUGCUUUGCAGAGUGCUGUUGACGCACUCGCACCGCCUCCGCCGCUGCUUGAAGAUUUUGUGUACCACUGGAGAAGAAUAACAAACUUUUACGUCAAACAUGAACCUGUGACCAAGGUCGUGAUAGAGAAUACCAACAUCCCAGCUCAUCUGGAACAGCUUAUAAAGAUCCUGGUGGAGGACGAGGGAGCGGUGGGGGAGACGGGGGCGGCCGGACCCUGCCUGGAGUACCUCCUGCAGCACAGGAUCCCGGACCUGCUGGUGACCCUGGCCGGGACCGACAGCCCGCCCGGCAUGAAGGCCGUCACCCUGGGCUUCACGUGCCGGCUCCUGACGCAGCUGCGCGAGCCGGCGCUGCCCCACGUCGGCGUCUACACGGCCGUGCAGAAACUGGUUUUGAUGUGCAACGGGAUGCACGCCUCGCCAACGGAGCUGGACGAAAUCCACUUCCUCUGCACCUUGUGCGCUGUGGUCGGCCGGUAUCCGCACUUGAUCAACCUCUUCAAUACCCGGUACGUUGCGAGCAGGCGGGUCAGCCUGAGCAGCGACUGCAGCUCCCUCGGCUCCGGCUGUGACGACGACCCGAAGCGGGGCCCUGUUCCCCCCCGCGAGGACGACUUGCUCGUCUCCCCGGCCCACCCCGCGGGGGAGAAGCCCGGCACGGAGUCCGCCCUGACCACGCCCCCGCUCUCCGAGUCGCAGAGCCCCCUGUGGGGCGAGCCCGAGGAGUUCACGCUCGUGGACGCCCUGCUGAGCUUCCUGCACAGUGCCGAUAACAGGGUAACGGUUAAGGCAUGCGAGGGUCUGAUGUCGGUGGCAGCCCUGCCGUCGGACGGCUUUGCGCAGUCUCUGGCUCGCAGCUCCGUCUUCUGCUCGGAGCUGGCUGCGAGGUUGGCGACCUUGUACCGGUCCAUCCCGCAAGGGGUGGACGCCAACGACCUCGACGACAUACAUGUUAACUGGGGAUUAGACUCGCCGCUUUGGUCUGACGGCACAAAGUUUGCUGGCUGUCGUGAAGUUUCAGCUUUUUUGGCAUGGCUUGACUAUUGUGAUCAGCUGGUCCGGGAGUCCCACCCCACCACGGGCCGUGCCCUGGCCCGGGCCGUGCGCGCCCUCUUCCUGGAAGACGUGCUCCAGACGGCGCUGCUCUCCGGCGAGGACGCGGACCUCGUGUUCGUCACGGCCCUCGUGGCCAAGUGCCUGAGGCAGGUGACUGCCGAGGCGCUGCUGGAAGAGUUCAUGUUCUGGCUGGUGGGGGAGAGUUGUGACCCUGAGCUACCGGACGUCCACACUUGCCCGCUACGAAAGCGGCUGUUCGACAACUGCUUCCAUGACCAGGACGAGAUCAGCCUCGAGACUUUACGCCUCUUCGAGGUGAUGUUAGAAAAGCCCAGUCAGCAUGCCCUGCAUUGCCUUGUACUUACAUACGUAAACUCUCGUGGUUACUACGAUACAUCAUCAUUGGAUUCCGUGAUCGGUUCCUGGAGUGAUGAAGAGGAAGAACGUGAGCGCAACAAUCGUAGUAGUCCAACUUUGGAUUUUUCGGAAGGCUCUUCACCAGUUAGUCGGACUCUGGCUCCCAGGAACAUCGAUAAAGUUAUAAACAGCUUCCUGGAGCUGGUGCCGCGGCAGCUGCGGUCGGCCGGCGAGGAGGAGGGCUACGAGCAGUACGUGCAGGACGCCGACCGGCAGUACCGGGCGGCGGCGGCGCGGUGGGCGGCGAGCGGCUGGCCCUUGGAGGCCUCCUUCCCCGAGGACUGCCGCCCGGAGGCCGACCACGAGGGCAGGGGCCCGACCUUCUACGAGGGCCCCUUCCUGCGCAUGCUGUUCACCCGGCUGGUGCGGCUGCCCUACCAGCCGUACGAGAUCAACCUGCAGCUGACGAGCCUGGUGUCGCGACUGGCGCUGCUGCCCCACCCGUACCUCCACGAGUACCUGCUGAACCCGCUGGUGCCGGCGGCGCCUGACGCCAGCAGCCUGCACGCGGCGCUGGGGCUGGUGGGGGCGGAGCUGGGGGCCCGUGCCCCGGAGACGGGGGGGAGCAGGGCCGCCCUGCGCGCCACCCGGCGCCGCCUGCUGGACGGCGUCGGCGACCCACAGGAUGAAAGCAGCAGCAUACUGGAGAGUGUGAUCGUCCUGGAGGAGUUCACGAAGGAGCUGGCGGCCAUCGCCUUCGUCAAGUACCACCACUCCUCCUGAGGGGGCCUGCCCCGCGCGCUGCGUCGCGAGGCGGCCGUGUUGGCGUCGGCGUCGCACAGGCCCGCGCAGCACGGCCUCCUGUCGCAGCUGUGCCGGCUGCUGUGUCGCCCGGCGCACAGCUACGAGGUCUACCUCUGAGCUCCCCGUACCGACGACGACGGUCAGGCGGGGAAAAAUCUGAGCAGAAACCUUUACCAGUUGAUUCUUUCCUUUGCCUCGAGUCACGAUUGUGCAAGCCGGGCCCGGGGUUGGAGUGCGGAAACGCACGUGUUCUCUGCGGCUGAUGUUAGUGCUUCAGCGUGACGCCUUAAAUACUACACACCUGAAGGUAGCUUCUGUAAGUUUCGUGAUUCGUAUCGACGGCGUUUUUAAUCAAACCAAACCAAUACGUGGUUCGUUUGGACAAAUUAGUAUCUUUGCUUAGUACACACGUGUUCACAAUUGAAAGUAUGGACUAUUUGCCAGUUUUUUAACUCUUCCUGUGCCAGCCAUGCAGUCUUGGCCAUGUAUGCCUUCCGCUAAUGCAGUGAAGUAGAAGCCAAGCAAUGCAACCAGCUACUCUCUCCAGAUAAGCUGGUAGCACUCCUCCAUGCUUUCUCCGCAACAGGCCUGCGAUUACUAGUUUUUUUUUUAAAGCAAAACGAAUAUCAAAUCUAAUGUUUUAAUUAUUCACGGAGGCAAAAUGAGUUGUGAUGGUUUUCGGCAAAACUGUAAAAAAAACAGGAUUAAAGUAAAAAAAAAAAAUGGUUUCACAUUUGAACUGAUUAAAUGAAUAAAUAAUUGGGCCCUAUACAGAUAUAACUUCUAAAAUAUGAAUGCAUACUAGUAUUAAUAUUAAUAUUGAGCAUCCAUAAAAGCAAACUGAGUGCCGCCUUUUUGAAUUUUGCAGGUAACCAAGUUUGUUCAAACAAAACAGUUUGGAAAAUGUUUUAAAACUUUGCAACAAAUGUGAAUCUUUGCUUUGCAACCGAAGCUUCAAGUAAAACAACUAGCAAAUUUCCUGGCCAAGUCAAAUGGAAUAUUAAAAAGACCUUCGAUUGAUUCGCAUAGGCCUACUCUGAAAUCUGUCAAUGUUUUGUUCAUGCAGCGAAGGGGAGAGAGUAACCAUGAUCGUACCUGCUACUGUCUAUUUUCGAGCGCAGUUGGCACUCAAUACGGCAUGCUUCGGUUCAGCACUUUCUGUAAUCCGUAACUAGUCAAAUUGCUUGCUUCGUAAUUUAUUUUGGGGUGGUUUCAAGAAUUUUUUGCUUUUGACAAUAACAAUUUUAAAAAAGUAAUAUAUAUAGAUCAUGUUCUUAGAAAGAGCUUAUACUGUACUGUAUACAACUUGGAAUGAAUGAGGUCUGCGUUUAUGGAAUAAAUCAAGAGGUGAGCGUUGGUAAAUGUGAUUGAAACUUCUAGUUGUGAUAGAGUAAACUGAGAGCGCAGGUCUGGUAACAUUUAAAAGUUGACUGUGCCUAAAGCGAUAUUGCAGUGUUUGUUUGCACGAGUGUGCCAUUCGUGUUUGGAAAUUAAUCUUAAAACUACAUACGAUUAGUAUUUGCCCAUAAAUGUGUGUUCUUUGUAUCAUACGCUGGCUUGCCCUGAUGGAAUUACGAAAAUGACAAGACUUUUGUGGACACCUAACUAGGCUAUAUUGACUUCUCAUUCAUGCCAUAGGGACAGUAUUCAAUAGGUAUACAUAUGUGACAAAUUUUGUUUUGUUUUUUACAGUGGCUUAGUGGUACAUGUAUAUUUUGUCCAUAUACAAGCCUAUUAAUUAUAUUGAUAUAAUAAUUUUGUUUAGAAAUCACUGGUUUAAACUAUUCUGUAAUUAUUGGCAUGGUAUCUCUAACUAUAUGUUGAUUACCACCAAGUUCCACUCAGUAACUGCUGGGUUGAAUAUAAAAUACAAAAUCUUUUCUGCAAAUAUUUUUUAGAAGUACAUACAUAAUUUUAAAAAAAUUUUCCUACCGUAACCCAUAUGUGGAAAAUUCAGAAUAUUUACUAUUCGUAUUCGCAUUAACUGUUGAAGUUAAGAUUGGUGAUAGUUAGCAAAUAUGUAUGUAAGUAUGAUAUAAUUUUCUACUGCUGUACAUACACUGAGAGGGACGUGUAAGAAAGGUUAGAUCCCAAGUGGAAUCUAAAUCAGAACAGAAUGAUUUGAUAAUCUUACAAUGUGGAAAGCUGUGAAAGAUGUGUUGGAUGUUAGCGAGAUGAUAAAUGGAGUCUUAUGGAACAGAGAUUACAAGUUCAAACCAUGUAGGUUACAUAUAGUUCCAGCUGGGAACAUUAUCAUGACAUUUAAAAUCAAAUGUGUCAGAGUGAUAAUUUUGCAGAUAAUUAUUAACAUACCUAUGUAAAUUUCCUCCAUUUUCUUGAUACUAUACUCUAAGCAACACCAUUGUUGUAAAAUUAAGACCAUUAAAAUAUCUUAAUUUUUUUAAGCCAUGGGGGGUUAAAAAAUUGUCAUUUAGGUGCUUGUGAAUAAAGUUCAUUAGAAUUAGGAAACUAAAAAUGUCUAAUAAUAUUUUGAAAACAAAUUAUUUGUAACAACAACUUUUUUCUGUACUUACGCACCCCUUUAAGCCCUAUUUUGCAUUACGUAAUAUUGACCUUAAAUAAUUCUUGUUACUUACAUGCCAUAUAAGUAAAAUUGUUAACAAAAUUAAGUGGCUCACAUUCAAGUUAUGUAUGCUGAUAGUAUUUUGAAAUAAUGGCAUUGAAAGGAAAUAAAACUAGCUGUGUAUACAUGGGAAAAAUUUUUGUAAUGUUUAUUCAUAAAGUGUGAAGACUACAUAUGUUAUACCUGUAAAUGUAAUAUAAUAUGCACAUAAACAAUAGCAAUGCACUUGAAAAUUUAUUUGUGUAUCUUUAGAAAACUGACAAUCUUAAUUUUGUUAUGAGGGAGACUCACUUAUAGCUUUUUGUGCAAUACUUUUAUUAAACUGUCCUGAUGUUUAGUUAAAAAUUUUAAUUGUAAUCACAAUUGCAAAUGUGAAAGUAAUUUUAAAAUUUUUAUGCUAUUGUUGCCUUUACUGUAAUUAAAUGUGGUCCUUUUCAUGUCAUGCCAAGCUGCACAGUCUACAGGCAUAGGUAGAUUUCAAAAAACCUAUUUUUUCUGGAACACCUUAAGAACUUAAUGUUCAUAACAUCCUAUUAUGUUCGAUAAAUUAUUUUCUCAUAUUCCAUGCAGCUGAAAUGUUUGGAAUGCUUUUAACUCGAAGCAUCCAGCAUUGAAUAGCUUAGAACAAAUGUCAUAUAAGGUAUGUCUACAAAGGCAAUUAUAAAUUUGUGUUGACCUCCAAAAAGUAUUUUUCAUCCCUUGUCGUAAUACUGGGUUGUAUAAAACGUUACUUUGGACCAAGGUUUGAGAUAGUAAUAUUAAAAUAUAUUUGAGGGUCAGGAAGAUUUGAAUGUUUUUAUGUCAACCCCUGUUUUCACCGUGAUAGUUCAUUUAAUGAAAAAUUGUUUCAGCCAAUGGUUUUCGAUAAUGUCUAUAAUAAAUGGCAAUGUAUCUAUUUGAUAGUGCUACUAAAAUAGUUUUUUUAUUUCAAAUCUAGCCAUUUCCACCUCUCAGUAAUGUUUGGUUACUUAAAAAUAAGAUUGCAUUCAACAGUGUACAAGGUAUGGAAGUCGUAAUUUUUUGUAUAUUCAAUCCCGUGCAGUAAUAGUUUCUUUUAUCAAAAAAAAAAUUGUAAGACUAUUGUACAUCUAUUAUAAAUUAAUUGUUAAAUUGUUUACUUAAUACGGGAGUUAUGAAUUCAUUUUAUCCUUAGCAGCAAUGGUUGGUUGGAUCAAAAAUUGUUACAGAUAAAUUUUCAAUCACUAUACGUCGUGUAUAUCAGUUGAAAGUGUAUUGUGUCCAUGAAAUUGACAACAGUUUUGGGGUGUAUAGAUCGUGAAACAAAUUUUUUUUUUUUCCAGAAGUUACAUCAUAGUAAUGGCUAUAAUUGGUAGUCUACUUUUAAAAAUCUAUCUAAUACUGUAAACCAUUAGUUUUCUAAUAGACAAGCAUUAGUAACCAAAGUGUUUUUUUUCUUCUUAUAUGUAUGUUUUAUGAAGGCUGUGUAAUUAGUUUAGUUGAAAUGACAGCAGUGAUGUGUCAGCUUGAAGACUUCAUCACAUCUGUUUUAUUUUUUCUUUGUGCGUGGUCAGCUAUGAAAAAAAUCCUGUGGGAUAGUUUAAACUAGAUAUUUGUCGUAAAUGUUUAGUUAUAUUAGCAGUCUUCCAAAGUAAUGUUUGUUAAAGGUGAAACACAAAAAACAAUGUACUGCAACUCUGAAUUGUUGUUUCAAAUAGGUUAUGACACUUUUAGACGCUAAGCAAUAUGUGAAUAUGUGUGUUUGGUUAUUAUAUACAAUAGUGAGGCUGUGUAUUAUCAUCAAUAUUUAGUUUUUUGCUGAUGAAAUAGUGCUGUAAGUAGAAUGUGGCAAAGGGCAUCAUUUCUGUAGUCUUUUAGUGUGAUCAUUUUCUUUGUUGCUAUUAAAUGUCAGUUUACAUGGAAAUUUGUUUAACUAGGAUUAGAGGCAAAUAAGAAAAAUGGAUGGCAUCAAAAUUAAUUAUGACUGAUAAAGGGUUGAGACCAAAAACAAAUUUUUUUCUAGAGUUCAGGUACGGAGGCUAUAUGGAUUUUUUUUUAAGUAACUGCAACCACAAUUGACUUGCUAAAUGUUUUCUCUGUGAAAGUGCACAUGAACUUUGUUUUGUGUUACAAGUCCAUCCAUUAAUGAUGCCAAUAAUUUACUUCUAAAAUAUCAGAGAAAUUCAUUAAAAUGAAAGAUACCAAAUUUUUUUUGUAGGCCAGUACCAAGCCCAAUUUAAUUUAUGUCUUAUUAGAAAGGUAAUACAAUAAUAUUGUAUUAAUUUGCAAUAAUUGGUUUAGAGAACAGUUAAAUUGACAUACUAUAUUUGUGAAUUUCAAAAAUUAUAAUUCAUUUCUUACACAAAAGUAUCAGGAUUAAAUUUCAUUGGAACCUUGAAUCUUAUAGCCUCUUGUCACACCAAAGUAUAAUGUAUAAUAGUGAGCUUAAACUGAACUUGCCAUAGGUAUUUACUAUACAAAGUCCAUAGAUCUAGCUAUAAAGCUAUCAGUGUAGUAUAAUGCUUGUAAAUAUGAUGAAUUACUGUGGUACCAAUACUUUAACAUUCCAAUGCUUACAUUUUUAUUGUGAUAUUUGGUUAGUGAUCUUAUUUCUGAAAGUAAUGCAAUAUUAAAUAGAUUUUAGAGUUUGUUGGAUCAUGCAGUACGAGAAGCAACAAAUAUGCUGUUAGUUCUCUAAACAGUAUGCAAUUUUUUUUGUAAGACAGUCAUAGCAAUGAAAAAUCAUGUUGCACAAUUUAAUAAGUUUCUAUGAGAAAAAUGUGGAUGUGCAAUAGGGAAAUUUCACCAGUUUUCUGGACAGAGAGCCUAAAAUAAAUUUUAUUUUCUUCCCUCAAAAUUAUUCGCUUGGAACUAACUUUGAAUUGAAAAGUUUGGCAAUAAAGUGUUGUUCCAACAUUCAUAUCAGGCUAGUGUGUGUUUGUAUAACACUUUAAAAAGCCAUUUUAUACCCAGAAUAUCCUGUAACUUUAAAAUUGCCUUGCAAAUAACAAUUGAUUUGUUUGCUAUAUAUGAAGAGAUAUAAUUUUUAUUGCUGGAGUGUGUGUCUCGUUAGUGCUAAAUAUAAUACAGUGUUAUUACUUAUGACGAUAUAAAUGCAAAGCUGUAAUGCUGCUGAUGUACAAAUUUGCCUGUAUGUAAAUUCCUAUGGGAGUUUUUAUUUCUAGUCAUUAGUUGUUGCAAUAAAGUUUAUGUGGAAAACAGAAA